GUAGGGAUUUUGUUGGGCUUUUGCACGUAUUAUGGUGGCAAUGGCAAUCGCGGUUUAAGUUUUGUGUUUUGAUUGUAGGUAUAAUUAUAUCUAAAACAAAGGAACUUACGUAUUAAAAUACUUCCGAUGAAAUUAAUAUAUGAAUGCAAAUCCGAAUUGAACUUUAAGAGAACGGUUUUUUUAUUUCCUUUUCGUUCAUAACCUUAUUUGCUAAAUAACUAGGAAGACGAAGCUAGGUGAUCACCCCUAUCGUAAUUAAUGACGAACUCUUAGAAAGGGAUAUAGAAUUUUAAUACUUCCAGUGAAAGUGUUUGAUGUGAACUGUGUUGAUCGUAUGUGCAUUCCGUCUCAUGGGAUACUGUGUUAAGGAUACUUAACCAUGUCUGGUAAUUUAAUUUCAAAUGACACUUUUUCACUUUAGUUUGACAGACUUUGUGGUUUGGAUGUUUAAAAUGUUUGGAUCAACGUUGUUUAGAGUUAUGUAUACAAAGUAUACCAUUUUAUUAAGGAGAGCUAAUUUACAAACAAAAAAGGGAAAUGUUGGUGAAGUGAUCAAGAAGCUAAAUAAAGAGAACAAAUCAUUGUUUGGUGAACUGUUAGAAACAAGGCCACAGAAACGUAGAAGAGAAGCAAGAGAGGGACCUCAAAUUUCCUCAUCUUCAGAGCAGCAGUUAGACUGUGUUCAAAAUCAAACUUCAUCAGAAGCAUGGUGGUACAGGCAGACACCUCCAGCAAGCCAUGUAGUACAAAUGAAAAGAAAUUCAAACACAGAUUCUGAAGUUAAAAGUAAUGAAAGUGACACACCUAGGGACCAAUCACUGAAGACAUCACAAAAACGGCAUAAUGUUAAUUUCUUUGUAAAAUCUGAAAGUCAGGCAAGCAAUUAUCAUCAUACAUCAUUAUUAAGCCUCGAAAAUAAUGAAAAUGGAGCUUCUUCAAACAGUGCUGGAAACUUAUGUACCGGCCAUGUGACAAAUGUAGAAGAAACAGAUAAAAAAUCUACUGUAUUAGAACUUCCUGAGAUCAUUGUUAGAAACAUACCAACCUUCCCCCUUAUAAAUGAAUGUAAAAAUACAGAAUUGAUGAUACCAACUGAAAGCAUUUUGAAUACAUCUUCAAAUACAGAACAAGUUCAUAACAAGGACUAUCUUCUGUAUCCGUCAGUUACAAAGAUUUUAAAUGCUACAAUGUCUGACAGUUCUCGAGCAGCACUAAAGAAGUGGCGUCAGAAAAUGAUUGAUUUGCUUGGUGAAGAAGGAUUUGUAAACUACCACAGGGGUCUGCUGGACAGAGGAAGCCAGUUUCAUGCUGUUAUUCAUGACUAUCUGUCUGGUAUACCAGAGGUUGAUCUAAAGCUGGACCAUGUUGAAGGGUGCUGGCAGAGUCUGGAAAAUGUUAUGACAGAUAUAACAGAUGUAAGAGUUUUGGAGAGUCAUGUUGUUCACUCAAGUCUUCUCUACAGGGGUGUCAUUGAUUGUGUGGCAAAGUAUAAAGGAAAGCCAGUUCUAAUUGAAUGGAAGAAAUCUGAUAAACAGAAAGCUGAGAUUGAGAAAACUUAUGAUGCCCCACUUCAGCUAAGUGCCUAUCUUGGAGCUAUGAACUAUGAUGUUAAAUACAACUUUCAGGUUCUGAGAGGUCUAGUUGUGGUGGCAUAUAAUGACGGCUCUCCAGCAAACACUUUCAUUAUGUCACUGACGGAUUGCAAGAAGUACUGGAGUUUUUGGCUUCUCAGACUUCAGCAGUACUGGCUUCAGCAGCAGAAAGGACUUAUGCAGUCAACUUGAUUUAACUUGCAAGACUUUAAAAAGGUUUAAAGAUACAUGAAAAGGAAGAUGACUUUUUAUUAAUCUGAAAGGAAAAAUCUGAGGUAAUAUAAAAUCACUAGCAGUUACUGGCGCAAGUUACGUGGUGUGUGCCAGUGCCUAACUUCACGGGGAGAGAGUCUGGUAAUUUGUUUACUUUUCAGCCGGCAGAGUCCUUGAAAAAAAAUUGUAGGGUCGUAUACUUUGGCAGUAAAAUGUUAAAAUUUCCCACAUAAUUAAUUUAAUGAGUUGUCAUGCAUAACAUUUUCCUCAGAAGUUCAUAUUCUCAAAAAAAAAUGUAAAAAUCUUAUCUAGUAUGUUUUAAGACAUUUCUUCAAAAUUAAAACACAUUCCAAAUUGAGUAUACCUUACAUACGUGAUAUGAAUAAAGACACCUUUGUGUUGGCAUUGAAGUUUUUUUUCUCUCAUUGCCCAUGAGGACUAUUUUUAAUGGCCUGUGCUCCUUCAGUCAGAACAGUUACUGAACAGGUUUCGUUUGAACAAGCCUUGUAUAUGUUUGUGGCUUGUUUGCUGAGCACAUAAAACUAAUCCUUUUGUAUAUUAUUACUAUAACGUUGUGGGGUGAAGAAUACGAAUGAUUACAUUCUAAGGCUGAAGAAAUAAAGAAGUUAUGAAGAUCCUUA